UACAAUAUUUGUAGAAAGAGCCCUCCUUAAAAAGCAAAGAAUCUGAAAUUGGGAGCACUCAAACUCAGAGACACACAGUGAGCAUGAAUGUGGCUGUGUGUGAAAUGCAUUCUGCUACUUACACCACCGUCGUUUCACCUUUUCACCACCUUUAUCGCCGAAACCCUAAUCGAUUACGCGCCAAAUCCUCAAUCCUCAUUCAGAAACAGGACUCCAAACUAAAAGACCCCUUGUCAGAUUCAGUGUAUCGUCGCCUCAUCCUUCUUCGCCAUGCCGAUAGUUCCUGGGAGCACCCUUCUCUCCGCGACCAUGACCGGCCUCUGAGUAAGUCAGGGAAGGAAGAUGCUGUGAAAGUUUCCCUCAAGAUCCAGCAGUUGGGUUGGAUUCCUGAACUUAUACUGUCUAGCGAUGCAGCGCGGACUAAGGAGACGCUCAAGAUAAUGCAGGAACAAGUGAAGGAAUUAUUGGAAGCUGAAGUUCACUUUGUUUCUAGUUUCUAUUCGAUUGCGGCUAUGGAUGGGCAGACCGCAGAGCACCUUCAAAAUGUUAUUUGUAGAUAUUCAAGGGACGAGAUACUAACUGUCAUGUGCAUGGGACAUAACAAGGGGUGGGAAGAGGCAGCUUCAAUGUUUUGUGGGGCAUCUGUAGAAUUAAAGACAUGCAAUGCUGCACUGCUUGAGACUGCUGGGAAAUCGUGGAAUGAGGCAUUUGCCACAGCAGGAUUUGGUGGGUGGAAGCUUCAGGGCAUAUUAAAACCAAGUAGCUAGCUAAGUUAAGAUUUUCCAUAUUGGGUAAUGUUGCUAGUAGAUGCUCAAAAGAUAAAGUUGGAAGAAUUAUUGCUUAUUUUAGGAAUCCAAUACGCAUCAGUUUGGUUAAGGGACAACGGUUGCAGAUCCGAUGACUUGAGAAAGCAUACUGGAUGGAAGAUGGAAAAUGGUGCAAAAAGGCUCUGGUUAGAUUCUGUAUAAUUUGGCAGCUAUGAAUUGUUUCUAUUGACAUUCAAUAUGAAGCAUUGCUGAGGAUAAUAUGCAGGAUUUCAGCCCUUCAUUUACUGCUUAGUAUAGUAUAUAGAGCAUAUAGGUUCAUUGAAUUGAACUCAUGCUACUCAGUUGUCGUUGUUGUUUAUAACAAACACAACUUCAUGUUUCAAAUAAAGUAAUUUGCUUCUGUAAAUCAUGGCAAAAUGUUAUGGAUUAAUGAUUAUCAGUUGUAAUCUACAAGACAAGAAGAUAUUAAUUUAUGUUUCCAAAAUAAACUUGUGUAGAUUUAUUCUAGUAA